GAAGUGAAUGACGUUGAAAUGUUGGCGGUUAUUACCAGCUUGUCCUCAGCAUCAAUAACAACAGCAGCAGCAUUUCCCUUGUUCACCACCAGUCAACCCAGAUAUCACGUGGGGUCACGUGCCGGCGAUUUAACCAUGGCCGUUAACUCAGCCAGAGUUGCCGUCGCCCAGAUCACUUCUGUCAACGAUCUCUCGGCCAAUUUUGCCACCUGUUCUCGUCUAGUCAAGGAAGCAGCAGCUGCUGGGGCCAAAUUGCUUUGCUUUCCAGAGAGUUUCUCUUAUGUAGGUGCUAAUCUUGGGGACAGCGUUAAGAUUGCGGAACCAUUGGAUGGACCAAUAAUGCAAGGAUACUGCAGUCUUGCCAGAGAAUCUCAGAUAUGGUUGUCUCUCGGAGGUUUUCAGGAAAAGGCAUCUGACGAUUCUCAUUUGCGUAACACACAUGUGAUAGUUGAUGAUACUGGAAAAAUCAGAAGCAAAUAUUCCAAAAUACACUUGUUUGAUGUCGAUGUCCCUGGCGGAAUGGUUUAUAAGGAAAGCAGUUUUACUGAAGCAGGCAAGGAUGUUGUGGCAGUAGAUAGUCCCUGUGGACGCUUGGGCCUCACUGUUUGCUAUGAUUUACGAUUUCCAGAAAUGUAUGAGUGCUUACGGUUUCAUCAUCAAGCUCAAGUUCUAUUGGUACCUUCAGCAUUCACAAAGAUAACUGGUCAAGCCCACUGGGAGAUACUUCUGCGUGCUCGUGCCAUUGAAAGUCAAUGCUAUGUGAUUGCUGCAGCACAAGCUGGAAGGCAUAAUGAUAAAAGGGAAAGCUAUGGAGACUCUUUGAUCAUUGAUCCUUGGGGAACAAUAGUUGGGCGGCUUCCUGAUAAGCUGUCAACUGGAAUAGCUGUAGCAGAUAUCAACUUUUCAUAUAUUGAAUCUGUGAGAAUGAAGAUGCCCAUUGAUCAGCAACGGAAGCCUAUUAAUUUCUGGAAAGCUUCCUCUAUAUGAUAGCCUAUUGGUUUCUGGAAAGCUUUCUCUAUAUGAUAUCUGAGUUCCUGAGUAAUGUAGAUGUAAAGGAGUUGGCGCUUGAUUUUGUCUUAUGAAUCUAUGUACCAUAUAUAGUUUAAUUUUUUUUUUUUUUUUUUUCAUUAUUAUGAUGGGACUGUGUACCAUAUAGUUGGUGAAUUGGACAAUUGAAUGAUCUCUAAUAAUGUAAUGUUUUCUUCAUAAAUAAUACUGGUAUAUUAAGGUUGGGGGGUGUAAAAUAGAAUGGUGAGGCAGAGUUACUAGUCUAGCAUCAAUAUAGAUCUUGCAUUGGGAAAACAUAACAUGCAUGAUUCGAACUUUUCCACACCUUCUUGGAUUUAUUGUACCUUCUACUUCCAAUACAAGACUGCCUUUCAAAAGAAAUACUUCAUCCGUUAAAUAUUAAUUGCAACAAAAGAAUAUUUUAUAUCUCACAAAUAAUACCCCUUUGUUGCAAUUAACAUUUAAUGGAGGAAGUAACAUGUGAUGCAGAUUUUAUGCAUAAAUGGAGAAUCAAUAUUCAUUAUGUAACACAAAAGUUCCAGUGAAACAAACUUAUGACAAAGCAAAAGCUUCAAUCAAACGUACAUCAAAGCACAUUUAUUGUAAGAAACGAAACUAAAAUGCUGCUAUGGAAGAGCCUCCUGGGCAGAUUCUCUCGAACUUCAGUGGCACUUUCAUUUGGUUUUUCAGGCUGCACCAUGUUCAUUGGAGUAGCAUUGGUUGCUACAACUGGGAGAGCAGGAUCUUGUGCCGUAUUUUUCGAGCUUUUACAUCAAUAAUAUAUUACUGAGCUGAUGAAAUAUUCAGAAGGGAUUCGAUGGUACUCUGACUACUCUAUGCGAGUGUGGCAAUGGAAGAAAAUCUGAUUACUAGCAAGAGAAGGAACGUUGUGUAGAGAAAUGUUUUCCUGCCAUGUAAAUGAAAUAAGUUUAUAUACAAAACUAUUUGUGAAACCAAAUUGUCAAUGUAGAAUUUUCCUAUCCUACAUUAUAAAAGUUUAACUUGACUCUUAUGAACAGUGUUGUGACCUUUAUAAAUAAAAAUGUGUAUUUACGUAAUUGCUUCUAUCAUAUGUGUAGCUUAUAACAUUCCACGCAUGCGCUCCACUUUUUUUUGUUUUUGUGAAUGGAAUUAAAAAAAAAAAAAAAAAAAAAAAAAAGAAAGAAAGGAGAUGGAGUGGCAUAGCAACAGAUACAAAAGCCGGCGAGUCCAAUUCAACGAUUCCAAGCCUCAAUUUGACAUUCCACCUUAUAACAUUCCACGCAUGCGCUCCACCUAAUUAUCAUCUCCCAUUCUCUCUAAUCUCGAUUAUCAGAUUCCGUGCAACCCUUCAUCUUACCAUUCAAACCGUUCAAUUGCCAGCGAGUCAGAGAAGAUGGAGUGGCAUAGCAACAGAUACAAUAGCCGGCGAGUCCAAUUCAACGAUUCCAAGCCUCAAUUUGACGCCACUCUCACCGACAACGAGGCCGAACAUCUAGAGUCGUUCAUGGGGGUUAAAGCUCAAAGUUGGCUUCCUUUCACUGGACUAUAGAGGGGAUUAUCUUGACGUUCCUCCUUCCGUUUUCAAGCACAAAGUCAUUCGUAAUCUUCUAUUACAGGUGAUCUAUUCACCCCGGCCUCGGCUUCAAUUCACCUCAUAUAUACAACGGCCAUAUAUGUUAAGGUGAUUGCUGCAGCACAAGCAGGAAGGCAUAAUGAUAAAAGGGAACAAUAGCUGGGCGGCUUCCUGAUUUCAGCUUCUCAAGGUCUUACAGCUAGCUAACGUAGAGGUCAUUUCAGGUUUUAAGGUUUCACCAUUCUAGAGAUUGCAUCCUAAGUGUGAGGGCUGUCAUUUUCCGAGUAUCUAAUCUGUACUUCUCACCCUGGUUUAUGAUGAAUUAGUUUAGUCAAGGUGAGAUCAUGGCCAUUUGUAUGUAUCCCAUGCUAUUUGGGUUAUAAAAAAAAUUUAAUCAACAAAAAUAUCUAACUUCCUAAGUUAAUAUAAACUGCUUACCAAUGGGUAAGAUACGACCCUAAAAAAGAAAUGUUGGUAUAGUUCUAAAGAAGUAAAAGAAACUGUAGCAUUGUUUGGGACUUUUGGAUAUAUUAAAAUACUCGACUUUAUAAUUUUCUUAAGUGUUGAAUGAUGUUUGUGUACCAUCGGCCCUAUUAUCUCUGUUGUUAGUUGUUACAGAUAAGUUGUCAACUGGAAUAGCAGUAGCAGAUAUCGACUUUUCAAGGAGAUUUAAAGGAGUUGGUGCUUGAAUUUGACUUGGAAUCUAUGUACCAUAGAGUUGUUUUUUUUUUUUUUUGUUUUUUUUUUUUCCCUAUGAUGGGACUGUGUACCAUAUAGUUGGUGACUUGGACAUUUAGUAGAAUGAUCUCUAAUAAAAAUAAUUAAUGUCAUGUUAUCUUUAUAACAGUACUAGUGUUUUAAGGUUGGGAGUUGUAAUAUAGAAAAACAUGUACUUAUAAAUUGUUGUAUGUAUUCUUUAGAUUGCAUAGAAUUUGAAACAUGGGUUGUUUUUUUUUUUUU